CGAUAAACCUAUAUACGCUCUAUAUGUAAGACGCCAUCUUGGAAAUCGUUUAUGAACUGAGAUAUAUAUUUAGGUGAAGUAGUAUUGGAUAAUGCCUUAAAUAGUAAAUUCAAUGAAAUAUAAAUAAUACCAGACCAACAUAAAUAAAACUAGACUCAAGUUUUAUUGGUAUAUUGUUUUUCAACGCAAUGGUGUAACACAUGAAGGAAUAAGACAACAAAAUGUGGCAUCAAUUUUUUAGUUUUUACUUGGGGAUCUUCAUCAUCAUCCCGGCACUGCUUAUCACACUGAUCAUCUAUUGUAUACUUGGAUACUGGCACAGUCAAUACAAGGUCCCAAAACAUGUCAGGAAAACUACUUGUGGGAUCCCAGAGCAAGAGAAGAUGAUGCCUAUAUCCCAAGGUGGAAUGGAGGAGAGCAAAGUGAACAUUCCAUACUACCCUUCGUCAUAUACACUCAACAGCUUUAACAGCACAAUGACUCCACAGAAAUCCUCAGGGGUGCAUCCGCCUUCAUAUAAAAACAGUGGCUACGUAUCAGAUACGGCAUACCCAUAGAACCUUCUUAUAAAAACAAUGGGUACAUAUCAGAUACAGCUGAAUACCUAUAUACAUUAGAAAAGUAGUUACAUAUCAGAUGUAUACAUCGACAUUCCCAAACUUCAUAUAAGACUAUUUGUUGCGCGUUAAAGCAAUGGAAUGUAUAUAUAAAACAGACAAAUGAACCGUGAAAUGGAAACAACAGCUAUGGAUAUUUCCGAGUCAUAUAUAUCUUUUCAAAAUAUGCGGAUAUUUUAUACGGACAACACAUCCUAUACAUUAAUUUUAAAUGUGUCUAAUUCUGUAUAAAAUACACAAUCUAGUAAUAAAUAUAGUUUUUAAAAGUAUCACAAAAUAAA